ACUUCACUAUACCACUCACUUCCCCGUCUAAAGCUCUGAGAGUGAAGGAACAAACAAAAAGCAGAACAGAACAGACCAGAACAGAAGCCAACAAUUGAAUCUGCAGGAAGAGGAGGCCCUGCCCUGAACUUGAAAAACACAGCAAUCUCAUCAUCUUCACUCACAGAAAAUGGCAGAGACCAUAAUAGGUUUCACCAUGCCCCGACCACCUACUCACAACCCUACUCUCCAAACAACUAAACUUGUCCUCAUAUACCCAUAUUCAAAAAGGCUUAAGCAGUAUUCAAGCUCUUGGACUAUCAAUGGCUGGAGUCAGAAUGAAGGCAGCAAGAGCAAGAGAGGCUCUCUAUGCAAGGUGAAUGCUUUCCCAGAUAUCUUUCCUCUUAUGGCAGUAUUAGUUGAGCAUGUUGAAGGUCAAAGAGAUAUGAUAACCCACAAAUCAGUUUGGCAUCUCAAUGAUGAAGCAAUUAAGAAUGUCUAUGCAUUCUAUAUCAUGUUCACUGUUUGGGGAUGUUGUGUUUUUGGAUCCAUGAAAGAUCCCUAUUAUGACUCAGAGUACUAUAGGAAAGAUGGAGGAGAUGGUACAGGACAUUGGGUCUAUGAAAAGCAAGAAGAUAUUGAGGAGUCUAAUAGAGCAGAGUUGUGGCGUGAAGAGUUGAUUGAGGAGAUUGAACAGAAGGUAGAAGGACUACGGGAGUUGGAGGAAGCUGGAAAGGAGGAGGAGGAGCUUGUUAAGUAAAUGGUCACAUCAUUACAUGCAUGGCCUUCUCAAACUUUCUCUCUCUCUCUACCCCACCAUUGCAAUCCUACAAGUCCCAUCUUCUAUUCACACAAGUAAACCAUGGAUAACUUGUAAAUAACAUACUGGUUCAACAUUCUCUAUGGACCCAUCCCGUUGGGCUUGAGUCCACUUAGGGAUAAAAUCCACUUUAUAGACCCUUUUUUUUUUUUUUUUCU